CGGCUGCCGGCGACGCCCCAGAACGGAAGAGGGAAGUGAAUCGGACGCGGCGCUGGGAGCCUGGGCCGGGCUGGGCUGGGCUGGGCUGAGUGGCUGAAGCCGAGUCCACCACGACCGCCAGCAGGAGAAGGAGGAGGAUGUCGAAGAACACGGUGUCGUCGGCGCGCUUCCGGAAGGUGGACGUGGAUGAGUACGAUGAGAACAAGUUCGUGGACGAGGAGGACGGGGGCGACGGUCAGGCCGGGCCGGACGAGGGCGAGGUGGACUCGUGCCUGCGGCAAGGAAACAUGACAGCCGCUCUCCAGGCAGCUCUGAAGAACCCUCCUAUCAACACCAAGAGUCAAGCCGUGAAGGAUCGGGCAGGCAGCAUUGUCUUGAAGGUGCUCAUCUCUUUUAAAGCCAAUGAUAUUGAAAAGGCUGUUCAGUCUCUGGACAAGAAUGGUGUGGACCUGUUAAUGAAGUAUAUUUAUAAAGGUUUUGAGAGCCCAUCUGACAAUAGCAGUGCUGUGUUGUUACAGUGGCAUGAAAAGGCACUCGCUGCUGGAGGAGUAGGGUCUAUCGUCCGCGUUUUGACUGCAAGGAAAACUGUGUAGUCAUAGUCCAGCCGGAACUGGACAUCAGUCACAGGAGUGGGAGCUGCUGGUACAAAGACCAAAAUGACCAAAUGCCACCGCUGCCCUGUGGGUAGCGUCUCUUUCUCUCAGCUUUGCCUUCUUGCUUCCUUUUUCAUAUCUGUACAGAAGAAAAUUACAUAUCCAUUUUCCUUUAAUGAAAAUUUGGAUAAUAUAGAGGAAAUAUUAUUUCAAUAGGAGUGUAUCAUCCUUUCAUAGCCAUUUCAAUGAUGUGGAUGCCAGUCUGAAAUUUAUAUACAUGUUUAAUUGUGCACUUUUUAACUCAUACUGGUUGAUUUUUGUGAUUUAUUUUUGGCUGAUACUGAGGGAUCUGAUCAGAAUUUGAAACCAGUUUCCUAACUCAUUGGUAGUCAGGAAAUUGUGUUUUGUUUUGUUUAUUCAGACUGGCAGCUAUUUACAUUGCAUAACUGGACCAUGCUUCCAUUAUUUAAGCAAAAUGUGUUUCAAGAACAGGUGGAUGAACUCCACUCCCAGUUUCCAGCUUUAUUUCUGCCUGAUGAUGCUGAAUGUAAGUGUGCUGCUUCCUUUCAGUGUCACUUGUCUCCUGGCCUCACCAUCUCUUCAUGGCCACCCAGGGUACAGAGCAAGCGCUCUACACAAACAUGUUUAUAAAAUGUCAGAGUCUGUUUGAUGUGAACAUCAAACUUUGUUCCGAUAAUGUGGCUCCAUUUGGGGAAACUAAUACAAAUCUGAAAGGACUCAGAAACUAUGGUAUAAUUCAAAUUCUAGGCAGCCUCUGAAUGAAAUACUACUUUCUUUAGAAAUACAGUAGCUGCCUUAAACAUUUAUACAAGUAUUUAUAUGCCAUUUAAUAUGCCCUAUGAAUGUCUUCAGUGUUCUUCAGGUAAUUGGGAUCCCAGAAAAUUGGUUCAGAUCCAAACAAAUACAUGCUCUGUGUUUCAGCUCAGUGUUUUUUUAAAAAGCAAAAAUGCCACACUGAAAAAUUGUUUACUUUGUUGGACAAACCAAAUUGGUUCUCAAAAAAUGACCGGUGCUUACAAAAAGUUAUUAUUGCACAGUAGUUCCAAAACAACCCACCCAGACACAUGCGGCCAAGAGGGAACCAGCUUGUGUUAGUGUUUACUUAAAAUGCCAGUCUCAGUCACUGACUUGUAUGGGAACUGGUGCAGAAAUUCUACAAACUCUUUGCUGUUUUUGAUAUCUACUUUUUGUUUUGUUCUGUUUUGUAAAAAUGAUAAACCAGAAAAUAAAUUGUCAGUGUUGAAUAA